GCGGUCGGAACAAUAGGAUUUCAAAUGGUUCACAAAUUUCUUUUCCACCGUUUCGUUUCUACAAUACGCGUGCAAUUGCGCAUUCGCUGAACGCCAGCUCGCUGGGCACUCCCUCGAUAUUCGCGCGUCAAUGGGGAUUCUCGAUCUCCGCUCCGGUGUUGCGUGUACAACGAUCGGGCCAGGCUUUUCGCCUUACCGAGUAAAGUUAAUCGCGUGCAUAUUAACGCGGAUGUAGGACGACCAUAGUACUGUUUCCAAUUAUACGGUCGCGACGGUGGUCUUUACCAAUCGCAUACCACGGUCCACUGUUUUUCUUCCGCCCUCUCUACCCGACUUCGUACCUGUUUCGGUCUCUCUUUUCGUCUUCCUCCUUUUCGCCCGCCUACUUACCGCGAGUAUUCUGCACCGUAGUAUUUACGUUGCGCGCGAACAUGAAGCCGGUGCAAACUGUUAUCUCGCUGGACGCGUAAGUAGAUAAUACCGGUGGACGCAAAUCUUAUUUUCUAUUUAUCGUUUCGCCUCGUUUCCCGUCGUGUGCACGUAUUCGCUUGAACGGUCUUAGAUUCUCGGAACAACGAUCGACAACGAUGAUUUUCGGAUUUCGAUUCGGUGGUGCGCGUCGUUUCGUUUUUCUUUUUCUCCACACGUUUACGCGCGACAGCGAGCAGACAUUUACUCGAUGGCUUACGAUGGUAUUGGACCCCAAGGUCACGAGUCUGCACAGCGAUUACGGUAGCUUCGAUCGACCAUUGGGCACCGGAGAAGGUCACGAGAGGGACGUAGAGGCGGCGGUUGAUGGAAGCAGUAACGGGAUGGCACAGUCGAGCGACGUUUACCAACGGCAGCCAUUAUUACCUGGUGCGCCGACCAAAGGCAAGGACAAGUGGUCCGGGGUGGCGUCCGGCUCCGACUAUUACGUGGACGAUGAGGACGAGAAGAUCGACGGUCUUAGCCGGCAUCCCGGGAUACCGAACGGCUCCGGGAACGGCGUCGUUAAGAUCGACAUACCUGCGCCACUUCGCGAAGAACCCCGUUUUCCCAAAGAGAAGUGGAAAACCUUUCUCGCGUUUCUAUUCAUGGUAGUGAAUUUCAUACUAACCACGGCGUCUCUCGCAAUGGUGCACGAACGGGUACCAGAUCGAAAAACAUACGGACCACUCCCAGAUGUGGUGUUGGACAAUGUCGCCGCUCAGGAUUGGGCCCUUAACGUGUCGGAAGUUUUGAUUAUGAUAAUGUCCAACUCGGCGAUGGUUUUUAUUAUUUUUCAUAAGCAUAGAUUUAUUGUUGUUAGGCGAGUAUUUCUUUUGAUGGGAUUGUUGUAUAUGAUGCGAAGUAUCACGAUGUACGUGACGGUACUACCUGUAGCCAGUAAAACAUACUACUGCAGCCCGAAAGCGAACAACACGAGUCCGUUUCUUAUCACGAAGAGGGUACUGCAGCUAAUCUCUGGCUUCGGCUUGUCUAUAAACGGCAAGCACACUUACUGUGGGGAUUACAUUUACAGUGGUCACACGGUCGUGCUUGUACUUAGUUACCUGAUUAUCAAGGAGUAUUCUCCAAGAAGAUGCCAACCGAUACAUUGGCUGGCUGGUAUUGCAGUUCUCGUUGGGGUAAUUAUGGUCUUAGUGGCUCACGGACACUAUACCGUGGACGUCCUUAUAGCAUACUACGUAACCACACGCUUAUGGUAUAUUUAUCACACGUUAGCCAAUAAUUCGCAUCUUAAGCAAUACGAACCAAACAACUUUCUGGCUCGGCUCUGGUGGUUUCCUAUUCUUAAGUAUUUCGAAAAAAAUGUGGGCGGAACAGUGCCUCGACAAUACAACUGGCCUUUACCCUGGCCUCGACGAUUCCUUGCCAAGCAUCCCAAUCGGGACAGUUAAUGUCUGUCUUAAUUUCACGAUAGAGGCUGUCAAACAACGGAGUUACUUUUGUUGUAUUUGUAUAUAUAUAAACAUAUAUGUAUACGUAAUAGGCUUACAAAUGUGGAGAUAAAGCUUUACUAGAAAGUGGUGCGAGAGAUGUGCGUGAUCUUUCGUCGAGCUUUUGUCUCGAGGUACUUGACGAAGGUUUCUGCAGUGUUCACUUCCUUGAAACUAUAACACGAACGAUAAACGAAACAACAAAAAAAAAAAAAAGAAGGAUGUACCGCCAUGUUCGUUAUCGUCCAAUCGCGAUACCUAUUUUUCCUUGAUUUUGAUACGACUUAUACAUAAUGUAAGGAAUAGAUAACGAUAGACCGAAAAUUAGUCCUCGCGAAGAAUUCUCUUAGAGGAAAACGUGUACGAGAGUUACCGAGCAGCUUAGUGUAUAAAGUAAAUGUUAGAUAUCUCUAUUUUCAGAUACUCCGAAUGCGAAAUACUUAGGAUGUAAAUUUAUCGCCGUGACCGCGACGCCGGUGGCAGUGUGCGAACCACUCGAAGACAAAAAACUGUCAUUGUUAACGGUAGAAUUAACGCAAGAGACGAAUUUUUUUGUAGCUCUCGUUUCGAACAACGACACAAAUGGAAUCUUCAGAGCGUCGAUACGAUUUUAAAACCCGCAGCUUCGUUUGCCGCGAUAUACCUUCCUCUGGCUAAUCUUUUGGAACGCGUUCUAAUUUUAAUCGACUCUCAGAUACAAAGAUGACGCGUUUAAUACUUAAAUACGACGGGUGGCAUGCCUUAUUCCGAUGAAAGUUGAUCGAAUGAAUUCCAUCGUGAUCUCCGUUUUACGAAUUGGUCAAUUAUCGUUUCGUUUCUAUUCUAUCUAGCGUGGAUUCCCCCUCGAAAUUGGUGUUCUCAUGCGCGCGGAAACGUUAGAGGAAUUGGCUCGCGUAGUUCGGAAGCGAUCGUGCAAUUUCGUGGGACCAAAACAGAAUAGUUGGAAACGUAGCAGCGAUUGAAAGUAAUUGUUUUCAACGAAUAAGAGAUAUUAAUUCAUAGUGAUAAUAGGAUAAAGUGAAAAAAAAAUGUUUCGAACGUUGAUGCUUUUGAUCUAGUUUCUAGACGACGGUGUUUCAAAGUUCUUAACGAUACUGUAAUGUGUUCUCUUGAAGGUUUUACAGAAAAUUUCUUACAUACCGAUGCAUUUCAUGUUUUUCGCAUUCAACCGACCUGUGUGAUAAGAGGCGCGAUAAUUAUAUGCGGCACACUGUGAAAUAUUCGUGAUUCCUCGGAAUAAGGUCGGCUUUGCGCUCUACACACAUACACCAGAUUGUUGUCACAGCGUACACGAAGACGGUGUUACGAAAUCGUGCGAAGAACGUUACGACGUGUCAUUAACACCAUAAGUCCGGCACUGCACCAAGGCGCCCGUCUAUAAAUGCCUAAAAAAAUAUUUUUGGACGUUUAUGGACGGGCUCCCUGUGUGUUUGUUCAACUAAUAUCCGUUAGCCUCGUCCACGUUGAAUUCCGUAUCGAACAUUUUUAAAUUUAAUUGCUAACAAAUCGUGUCGUAAAUGGUUUUCCCGUAAAAAGCAACAAACUAUGUUGUAAAUGUUUUUUUUUAGUAUUUAUGUACAGUCGAUAUUUAAAAUUUGUCUACUUUAGGGAUACGUUCUAAAUUUCAUCACGAUCCUUCCAGUCGUUUAUAAAGUUUAUUUAUAAUUGUUUGGUACUUAUCCCCCAACCCCGUUGUAGCCUAGAAUGUUUCUCGAAACGUGUGAAACAAAAUAGUGGCGGUUUAAUCGAAAUCGGUUCUGUAUAUUUUUAGUUAAUCCGGAACGUACAAGCAAACAGACGAAAAUUGAAAAAAAAAUACGUGAGUCGAAAUCGCGUAAAAAUGUUGCAAUUACGGACAAAGUUACAGUUUUAUAUUCUAUAUAGGUUUUAGAAAUACGUGUAAAAA